AUGAGGAUUCGAAGCUCACCCAGGCCAGUUAACAAAUUUUUGUGCUACAAAGUUGUUAAUGAUGGAAGACUUAUUAGCUUUUAUAAUACAGUUGCAGCAGCAACAGGAGUUGCACCAACAACUACAACAACUACAGCACAAUCAGUUGCAGAAAGUGUCAAUCAACAGUACCUAAGAGUUGAACAACAGUGCUCAAGAGUCGAACAGCAGUACCAAAGAGUCAAACAACAGUACCCAAGAGUCGAACAACAGUACCCAAGAGUCGAACAACAGUACCCAAGAGUCAAACAACAGUACCCAAGAGUCAAACAACAGUACCCAAGAGUCAAACAACAGUACCCAAGAGUCAAACAACAGUACCCAAGAGUCGAACAGCAGUACCCAAGAGUCGAACAGCAGUACCCAAGAGUCGAACAGCAGUACCCAAGAGUCGAACAACAGUACCCAAGAGUCAAACAACAGUACCCAAGAGUCAAACAACAGUACCCGAGAGUCAAACAACAGUACCCGAGAGUCAAACAACAGUACCCAAGAGCCAAACAGCAGUACCCAAGAGUUGAACAGCAGUACCCAAGGGUUGAACAGCAGUUACUGGAAAAAAUGAGGAAAUGUGGAAACACUAUAAGUUUGUUUUCACCAGACAGCAUAUCAAACUCUAUAACAAAAUUCAUCUAUGACCCAGAGGAGGGUAUAACGUCUGCAAUGUACUUUAGAAGGUAUGAAGAAAUCUUCAGGGAAGAUUGCAAGUCAUGGAUGGACAACGUAAAAGAUUACUAUUAUGUAAAUUAG